UUUUUUUACCUUUUUUUUUGAAUCAUGACUCUCAUUUAUUCUCUAAUUGAACAAAAUACAGCGGCUCAAAAAGUUUUAUUAUCACCCGAUGUGUUAUUUUGUAUAUCUAAUUACAUCGAUCGUCAAGAUGACACCUUUAAUUGUCUUUUCGUAAAUACCGUAUGGACUAUGGUAUUGGUAAGACAAUUAUGGAAAUCUCCUAUAUGGAAAACUGCAGAAUCUUAUCAAAAAUUUUUACGUACACUUCGUAGUAGAAAACCCAAAUUUUUAUAUGGUAAUAUGGUUCAAAGAAUUAUUUUUAAAAGUCAUCGAUGUUUUGAAAGUUUACCAGAAUUUUCAAGUGUUGAUUUAAAAUUAAUUUCAAGAAAAUGUCCAAAUAUUAAACAUAUUACAAUAUCAAAUCAAAGACAACCUUUUACAGUUUCUAAUGUAACAGCAAUGUUAAGUUCAACACCAAAUUUAAUUUCUUUUACAGUAUCAAAUUGUGAUAAUGAAUGGUUACAUGGAGCUUUAAGACCUAUGAGAGAAGGAUUAUGUCCAAAAUUACAACAUUUAGAAAUAAAUGAUUGGAAUAGAAAUUGGGGUUUUGAUGUACUUAAAGAUGUAGGAGAAAAAUGUAGAAAUAUUACUUCACUUAAAUUAUAUCAACGUGUAAAUAAGUUGGAAAUUGCAAGAAUGAUAGUAAAAUCAUUUCCAAAUUUACAAAUUUUUGAAUGUAAACAUAUUAAUUUUGCUGGAUUACAAGGUCUUUUAACAGGUGCUUUAAAAUUAAAAUCUUUAACAUCACAAUUUGAGAAUGAUAUAACUGAUGAUGCAGCUGAAACUUUAUCUUUCGCUUUCGCUAAACUUGAAUCUUUAAGGAUAAGAAUAAUUCAUGAUAUUGAUUAUCCAAAAUUUAGUUCUUCUAUGUCAAAUUAUCAAUCAUUUUUACGUCAUCUACAUUUAGCAACAGUUCAUAUAACUGAUAUAACAGUAGAAAAAUUUGCUGAAAAUUGUAAAUUUUUAGAAUCAAUAGAAAUUUAUAUGUGUUUUCAUUUAACUGAUAAUGCUAUAAUAGCAUUAGCAAAUCAUCGUAAUAUUCAUUUAAAACAUUUAAUGAUAGCAUAUAAUGCUCGUAUAACUGAUGAAGGAAUGAAACAUAUUGCAAUAAAUUGUAAGAAUUUAAAAACUUUUAUUGCCAUGUCAUGUACAAAAAUGACCAGUUCAUCAUUUGUAAAUAUUACAAGAGAAUGUAAAAAUUUGGUGGAAUUUACUGUACGUAAUUAUCCUUGGCAAACUUUGGCUUCAAUAGUUCAUACUUUAUCAACUCGUAAUAAAGGAACUUUAAAAGUAUUUAAAGCUUAUGAUACUGGAAUUAGAACAAAUGAUAAUUCUUUUAAUCUUAAACUUAAUGCUGCUGCAUUAGAAAAAUUGGCAAUUAGAUGUCCUCAAAUUAAAUCUAUGGUAUUAAGAUGUCGAAUGCAAGAAUCAGAUGGAAGUUGUCUUAUUAGAACAUUAAAAAAAUUUCAAAAUCUUGAAGAAUUGAUGAUUUGUCCACCAGUAAAAUUUACCAAAUCAGAUAUUAAACAAUUGGAAAAACACAAAAGAUUAAAAGAUAUAACAAUAAUUCAUGGUCUUACCCCUGAAGCAGAAUCAUUUCUUAAAGAACGUAAAAAUGAGAAUAAAGGUGGAAUGUAUAUUACGGUGAUAAAUAAUAAUAAUAAUCAAUAAAUUUUUUAAAAUUU